AUGGCUAAGUUACACAAUUACUACGUACUUUGCCCUUUAAUAGACCAAAAAAGUUUUCUUGGCGUUGCAGAAGAUAAAGUAGAAGAACACGUAAUUGUUACUUUAGGACGAAAUGUGGUCAAUAAAUAUCAACUUUCAGACCAAAAGCAAAUUGGCGGAUGGACUUCAAAAGAUCACAUUACGUCCACAGUGGUCUUUGACAAGGAGCAGGAGAGCUAUGUUGGUGUUUUUAACAACAACACUGUUAAAAUUUGGAAAGAAGACUCUGACAACUUAGAUAAAAUUAAGAAGUUUAAGUUUCCUUUAAAUAUCUUAAAGAUAAUUCCGAGAAGCAAGCAGUCACCACUUCUUGUGUUUAGUAACGGUAACUGUGCAUCUCUACCAUACGCUUUGGACAACAGAAAGACUUACGAGAGCAAGUCACUGCUGAAGGACACAGAUUCAAUAGUUGAAACAGCUUCUUACACUAUCAACAAAACAGAUUUCAUUUGUUAUAUUGUAAAGAACAAUAAAGAUGCUUAUGAAAUACUGAACUGCCCACUACGAGAUGAGUUGGGUGACAUGGACAGAUCCAAGUUAACCAGAAUCAAAAUUGCGAGACCUGAUGAUGUUUAUGUUGUCGGAAAAUUUAUUUGCACUGAGGAGAAGAAUGCUGUUUACAUUUUAUGGAGUGAUGGCAAGAUGACAGUGUAUGACUUCAAGGACUGGAAAACAAUAGGCAGUGUACCUUGGGUAUCCACCCUGUCUAGUGUAUCUAUAGCCUGGAUGGGCAAGGACCAUCUCAUUGUAUUUGGAAGUUGUGCAGAACAAGAUGGAGCAAUCAUUAUAGCUUAUAAUAUAGUUCUUGGAGUUGGGUCAUGUCGGUAUCCAAUGAAAAUGUAUUCAGAGGGUGCCAAGUUAUAUUGCUUCCAUGGCCGCAUUGUUUUAGAAGCAUCCAACCAUAUUGGCAUGUUGCCAUAUGUGCUACAGAUAAAGAGAAACCUAUCAAGCCUCUUAGGAUCUCAUGAAAUUAUUCAAAAUGAAUGUAUGGAGAUUGCAAACUGGGAUUCUCCAACUGAACCUCAAUUCCCAGUCAAUGAUGACACAAAAGAACUUAUAAAGUUAGGAUUGACAGAAAGAAGUAUUUGUAAUAAUGUCAUACCACCACUACUGGAGAAAAAUGAUUUUAGAGCAGUGUACCAAACACUAAAGCAGUUCAAAGAUGUACCAGAAACAGUUCUAGUAGCAAUACUCAAGUAUGCUAUAAAUCUAGUAAACCCAAAUAAUAUUGAUGUCACUGAUGCUGAAGAAUUUGCAAAAUUAUGUUCUGGGGAACACAGUACAAACAAGGAUCGGAUAGUUCAUAAAGCUAAGUUUGAGUUGCUAAACUUUACACUACAAAUCUCAUUCAGUGAUGCUCUCAUCAUUCCACCACUGAGAAAUGGUCUUCGAUUGGAUGAUACUCUGUUUCUAAUGACCUAUAUGGCUCAUAUAUUGGUAAAUUCAGACAAAAAUAUGGAUACAGACUAUGAAAGCAAAUUAUUUGAUUGGUUUACUUUGUUAAUGGAUGCAUUUUAUCAACAGUACUUGAUGACAAAAGAUGCAAAAGUAACAUCAGUCUUGCAAAAUACACUGAAUGUUGUUGUAGACCUCAUUAAACAGAUGCACACAGUCAGUGAGGUGCUGCCCGUUAUACACAAGUUAUUGUCUGGUAAAAGGAUUGACAAUGAUGAAGGGUCCUUUCAUAUGCUAUAGAAUUAAUGCAAAUAUGA